AUGCCAAACAUCUCCCAACCCUCCGUCCGCCGCACCCUCUUCCACCAAACCCUCAGCCGCCGCCCCGCCUCCACAGGCCCCCCAAAUAGCCUCAAUCCAACCGCAAACCCAGCCACAAGCAUACCCACAGGCCCAAGCAUAGGCAUCCAACCAAGCAACACCAACACAACCAACACCCUCACAGCCCGCUCCUCCCACCACCGUCUAAAACCCUCCUCCUCGGAGACAUCCCGCCCCAUUAAACCAACCGAGAACAGGGAGAUUGUCGUCCGGGAUAAGAAUGGCGGGUAUAAGUUGGAUGUACCGUCGCUGCCGCAUGCGCUUGUUGGGGAGGAUGGGGAGGAGUUGGGGGGUCUUGAGGCCGAGGAAGAGGGGGAGGCUGGGUUGGAUGUGGAGUUGAAUGGGAGGGAUAAAGAGAAAUUCGAGGCUGCGCUUGUUGAGAUGGUUAUUCGCCAUCGGAAUCGUCAGUCUAGUGGGGAGCCGGAUGAAAUCUUGAAUAUUGUCCACCAGAGUCUACGCAAGAAAGUCGCUUCCCUGGACGACGACAAUUGGAUGUUCGAACCGGAGAGAGAUGUACGAUUCUAA